AUGAUAUCUAGUUAUGAAAAUCUAAUAAAAAACUUUACUACUUCAUUUUGGAUCGAACGACAAUGGUUUUUUUCUACUCAACAUUCUCUUGGAUUCGAUGCAGAUGAUUUGCUUUUCUCUUCAGUGAAACCAUAUAAAAGAACAACAUUUGUAUUAGGUGGAGCAAUUGAAGAAAAACUAAACUUUGAUUCUGUUCAUCAUAUUCAGAUAUGUAACGAUGCAUCCACAAUCAACAAGUGUGGAAAUUAUUUUCCAAAUACUACGAAAUUAAGUUUCACACAUUAUUCGGCUCCAACUGGCAAUUUUAUAGAUAACAGUUUACCGUAUAUUAUUUCUUUAGAACGACUUACUGAAAUAGUUGUUGAAGAUGUACCUAUAUCUUUUAUGGAAUUAGUUAAAUUAUUAAGUGUUGCAGUAAAUCUUCAUAGAUUAGAAUUUGAUUCUAUAUCAAUUGAUGAAAUAAAUCCUGUCACAAUUCAGCAAGAUGUAAUUUUCCAGUUGGUAUCCAAGACAAAUGUUGUUAAAGAUCUGACAUUGGUAAAUGACAAUUGUUCAUUGGAAAAAGCUGAAUUAUUAUUUGCCUUAUGUCCACGAUUACAUAAUUUUGAAUUAUAUGAUGGUUGCAUUCCUUUUAUAAUAAGUCUAAUGAAAUUAAUUUUGUCAAAAACUAAUAAGAAUAAUCGUCAUUUAUCUUCUUUGUGUUUUUUUAUAAAGAAGACUGAUGAAACGGAAGAAAACUUGAAAAUGGCGAUUAAACAUGAUGAAUUACUUGAUGACUAUAUGGUGGGGUGUAUUGAUAAAAAAUUAUAUAUCUGGUGGUAA